AUGUCUUGCAAUAGCAAUGGCAAUGGCAGUCAUUCUCCUACCAUUAUGAUAUUCUUGUACGCCUAUUCAAAAGCAGAUUGGUGUACCAUUUGGUUCCUCAAUCUAGCCCAUUUUUCGGAGGCAAAGACACAGCCGUCGCAUGUACCCAUAUAGGCGGGCCGUCUAAAUCGUUGAAUAGGAGUUACGGUCUUUGGGGAACCAUACGCUACCGCCGACGCGACAAUUCGGA